AUGGAAGCCUCGACUAUUCUGAACCAGGAAGAGGAAAGCCAAGAACCAGGUGAAGCAGGGCAGCCAUGGGAAGAAAUGGCAGCAGCUUCUUCCAGAGAUCAGGAGCCUAAGUUACCUGAGCCCAUGGAGUCUGAGCCAGGGCCUGAAACAGAACCCCAGCCCAGGAGCAGCCUGCCUGGCAGCCCCCGGUCUAGAGCCAGCACCCCUGCGGGUGACCUUACCACAUUCGGAGCAUCACUGCCUGGAGCCUCUCCUCAGGACCCCCUUCCCAGUCCUCCCCUUGAGCUGCCCAAACUGGAUCUUGUCCCACCUUGGCCAUCAGACAAGCUCACUAGUGCGAUUCCUGACGCUGAAACAACUCGUUCUGAUCAUGUAGAACACACGACUGAUGAUGAAGAAUCCACUCCUCAUCCAACAAGUCAAUUAGAGGGGAACGCCCUCCAACAGUCUCAGCAAUCGAAACCUCACCUACCCCAGCCAGGGCAUGUGACCUCAAACCACUCUCAACAAAAAGAGCUGAGAGUUGGUCUUUUCCUGGAGGAAGACUGGGGCAGUAACGAGGAUCCUGAUCAGGUGGAGCCUGAAGUCUCUGAAGCAGCCCCCAACAUGCUUGAGAUUGCUGUUCAGAAUGCUAAGGCUUACCUACUGCAGACCAGUAGCAAGUCAAGCUUAAAUCUAUAUGAUCAUCUCUCUGACAUGCUGACCAAGGUCUUAGAUGAGCGUCCUGAAAAUGCUGUUGAAAUCAUUGAAAGUAUUAGUCAAGAUGUGAAGAAGGCACAUUUUAGUAAAAAAUUAGACACACUCCAAAACGAAAACGAGAUGCUUCCAGCAUAUGAAUUAGCAGAAAAGCAAAAGGCUCUUUUUCUCCAAGGAAAUUUGGAAGAAGCUGACCAAGAUCUGGAAGAUGAAAUAGCAGAAAACUGUCUUCCCAAUGUCAUGGAAUCUGCUUUCUACUUUGAACAAGCUGGAGUUUGCUUGGGCACAGAUGCGACUUACCGCAUAUUUCUCGCCCUCAAGCAGCUCACCGAUACCCACCCAAUCCACAAAUGUCGUUUCUGGGGCAAAAUCCUGGGGCUGGAAAUGAAUUACCUUGUAGCUGAAGUAGAAUUCCGUGAGGGAGAAGAUGAAGAGGAGGGGGAGGAGGAAGAUGUAGCUGACGAGAAGGCCAAUGGAGAAAGUGAAGUGGAUGAAGAUGAGGAAGAUGAAUUACCAAAGCCUUUUUACAAAGCCCCACAGGCUGUACCAAAGGAAGAAAGUAGGACAGGUGCCAACAAAUAUGUAUAUUUUGUUUGCAGUGAACCAGGAAGACCUUGGAUUAAGUUACCAUCCGUUACACCUGUACAAAUUGUUGUGGCAAGAAAAAUAAAAAAAUUUUUCACGGGGAGAUUGGAUGCACCUGUCAUAAGUUACCCACCUUUCCCCGGAAAUGAGAGCAAUUACUUACGAGCACAAAUCGCUAGAAUUUCAGCAGGCACCCAUGUCAGCCCCCUAGGAUUCUAUCAGUUUGGAGAGGAAGAGGGCGAAGAGGAGGAAGAGGUAGAAGGUGGACGAGAGAGCUUUGAGGAAAACCCUGACUUUGAAGGCAUUCCUGUGAUUGAUCUAGUAGAAUCUCUAUCCAAUUGGGUUCACCAUGUACAACAUAUUCUCCCUCAGGGUCGCUGUAAUUGGUUCAACCCCGUACAGAAAAGUGAAGAGGAAGAAGAGGAAGAAGAUGAAGAAAAAGAAGAAGAAAAGGCAGAAGAGCAUGACUAUAUAGAACAGGAAGUGGGGCCUCCACUUUUGACACCAAUCUCUGAAGAUUUAGAGAUUCGGAAUGUACCUCCGUGGACAACACGGCUAUCAUCGAAUCUCAUUCCUCAAUAUGCCAUUGCAGUCCUCCGAUCCAACCUUUGGCCUGGAGCAUAUGCCUUUUCCAAUGGCAAAAAGUUUGAAAAUAUCUACAUAGGCUGGGGUCAUAAGUAUAGCCCAGACAACUACACACCACCAGCUCCCCCACCAGUUUAUGAAGAGUACCCCAGUGGUCCAGAAAUCACAGAAAUGGAUGACCCAAGUGUGGAAGAGGAGCAGUCUUUCAGGGCUGCCCAGGCAGCAGCUGUACUCGAAGCCGAGCAAGACGAAGAAACUGAAGAUGAAGACGAGGAUGACUAGCAAGGAUAAAAUCAGUCCAGUGUCCCUCAAGCACAUGUAUGGUACCAUGUCUGGGCAAGCCUACG